CGCGCCGGAAGUGGGGCAGACAGCGACUUCCGGACACGUUAUGUUGAUGGUUGCAUCAGCGACUGAGCAGCAGGGACGGGAUGGCGGCAGCUACCGGGGAGCAGGCUCUCAGCUACCGGUCUAUCCUGAGCGUUAGUGACGAGGCGGCCCGGCUUUCGGCCUUGCAGGAGUUCCUUAGCACCCGCAGUUACAUCCAGGGCUACACUUUCUCACAGGCCGAUGUAGAGGUGUUCAGGCGACUGACGGGACCCCCGCCUGACCAUUACUUCCAUGUGGUCCGAUGGUACAGGCACAUAGCGUCCAUAUCAUCCAGCGCGGUGCUGCAGAGCGACCCCAGUAGUGCGCAGUCAUGCAAGGGGAGACGCACACAGCCUCCGUGGUCACCUCCAGAGGGAAAAGAACAACCCAGACUGCGCCUGUACAACAGUCUAACGCGCAACAAGGAGGUGUUUGUGCCGCAGGAUGGUAAUAAAGUCACGUGGUAUUGCUGUGGACCAACCGUGUAUGAUGCCUCUCACAUGGGCCACGCCAGGUCCUAUAUUUCUUUUGAUAUCCUCAGAAGAGUUUUAAAAGACUAUUUUAAAUAUGAUGUUUUUUACUGCAUGAAUAUCACGGAUAUAGAUGACAAGAUCAUAAAGCGGGCCAGGCAGAACUAUUUGUUUCAGCAAUACAAAGAGAGCCAUCCGCAGGCUGCCGCCGUACUGCGUGACGUGAACACUGCGCUAGCGCCGUUUGUACAAAAGAUCGGUGAGACAACAGACCCGGAUAAGAAGCAAAUGCUGGAGAAGAUUCAAAAUGCGGUGACUGCCGCCAUCCGUCCCCUUGAAGAAGCGAUCAGUAAAUCAGCAUGUGGCAAGGAAGUUCAGACGUACGCACAGACAUUACUAGAGGAAUCGGCAGAUCUGCUCUCAGACUGGCUGGACACCAAGAAAGGGGGAGACGUGUCCGACAACUCUAUCUUCUCACAGCUCCCCAAGUACUGGGAAGGAGAAUAUCACAAGGACAUGGAUGCACUGAAUGUUCUACCCCCAGACGUACUCACACGGGUUAGUGAAUACGUGCCAGAGAUUGUGGAGUUUGUGCAGAGAAUUGUGGAUAAUGGUUACGGGUAUGUGUCCAGCGGGUCUGUUUACUUCAGUACGGCAAAGUUUCAUGCCAGCGAUAAACAUUACUACGCCAAGUUAGUGCCAGAAGCCGUCGGAGAUCAGAAAGCUCUUCAGGAGGGAGAAGGGGACCUCAGCAUCUCGGCCGAUCGGCUGAGUGAGAAGCAGUCGCCCAAUGAUUUCGCCCUGUGGAAGGCAUCUAAACCAGGGGAACCAUCGUGGGAUUCUCCCUGGGGCAAGGGUCGCCCUGGCUGGCACAUUGAGUGUUCGGCAAUGGCUGGCUCUAUCUUUGGAGAAUCCAUGGACAUUCACGGAGGGGGGUUCGAUCUCCGUUUUCCCCACCAUGAUAAUGAGUUGGCGCAGUCUGAGGCUUACUUCGACAAUGACCACUGGGUGCGCUACUUCCUGCAUACCGGUCACCUGACCAUCGCAGGCUGCAAAAUGUCCAAGUCUCUGAAGAACUUUAUCACUAUAAAAGAUGCACUACAGAAAAAUACAGCCCGGCAGCUGCGUCUGGCGUUCCUCAUGCACUCCUGGAAGGACACGCUGGAUUAUUCUAGCAACACCAUGGAGUCGGCCGUCCAGUACGAGAAGUUCAUGAAUGAAUUCUUUUUAAAUGUGAAGGAUAUUCUGAGGACCCCUACGGAUAUCACCGGCCGCUUUGUGAGGUGGGAAUCUCAGGAGAUCGAGCUCAACGACAGUUUCUAUAACAAGAAGGCCGCUGUGCACGCAGCUCUGUGCGAUAACAUGGACACCCGGACUGUCAUGGAAGAAAUGCGCUCGCUGGUCAGUCAGUGUAACUCCUACAUUGCAUCCAGGAAGGCCGCUAAGCAGCCCCCCAAUAGGAUGUUAUUGGAGAGCAUCAGCACCUACCUCACCAGCAUGCUCAAGAUAUUUGGAGCCAUAGAAGGAGAAGAACCCAUUGGGUUUCCUGUUGGGGGAAGUGCGCAAAAUAUUAAUCUGGAGUCCACAGUCAUACCGUAUCUUCAAGUGCUGUCCCAGUUCAGAGAGGGCGUUCGUCAGAUUGCCAGAGAGAACAAAGUGCUAGGAGUGCUGCAGCUGUGCGACGCUCUUCGCGAUGACGUCCUCCCAGACCUCGGCGUGCGGCUAGAAGACCAUGAAGGGCUUCCAACCGUGGUCAAACUUGUGGACAAAGAAACUUUACUGAAGGAAAAAGAGGAAAAGAAAAAGGCUGAGGAGGAGAAGAGAAGGAAAAAAGAAGAAGCUGCGAGAAAGAAACAGGAACAGGAGGCCGCAAAACUGACGAAGAUGAAGAUCUGUCCGAGUGAGAUGUUUAAAGCGGAAAGUGACAAAUUCUCCAAGUUUGAUGAAACUGGGUUUCCCACGCACGAUACCGAGGGCAAGGAAUUAAGUAAGGGCCAGACCAAAAAACUCAGGAAACUAUUCGAAGCUCAAGAAAAACUGUACAAAGAAUAUCUGCAUAUGGUUCAAAAUGGAAAUGCUUAAACGGUAACAAGGAGAAGAAAGUGCGCGAUCAAAUAAUGUAUAGGACUGCGAGUGUAUUUAUUCAUGCGCAUUGCCCGUCAGUGCGCACAUUGCAACGCCAGGAUUUCCAUGGCGUAGCGUCCAGACUAUCACCAGUAAGUUAUGUCCCACUGCGGGUACUUCAGUUCUAUGCCAGCCUGACUGUUAUAAUCUGCAGCAAGGUGGGGGGGAUUCAUCUACCAGUUACACACUGCCACUGGCGAAUAAUAAAUCCGGUAUAAGAC